UGCCGGCUGAGGCUCCUGCCGCCUCCAUGCUGUCCCCGGAGGGGUUGGUGGCCGCAGCCGCGGUGCUCGUGGGGCUGGGCCUUCUAGCUUGGUGCCUUUGGGCAGGGAGGCUGGAGGUGCCUGGAGACGUGGGAGAGGAGGACGAGGAGGAGGGGAUCCCCUUCAUGGCCGAGGAGGGCUCGGGGCACUGCCGGCUGCUGUGCAAGCCCUCGGCUCUGGCCCAGCACCUGGUGCGGAGCUUGGCGCGCUCAGCGGCGCUGCGGGGGGGAUGCUGGCCAUGGCCGUGCUGGCCCCAGCUCCAGAUGCUGUGGCAGCUCCUGCAGCCACCUGAGCCGGAGCCGGUGGUGGCCCGUGAGCUCCUGCAGCUGUCUGACGCUGGGCUGGUGGCCCUGGACUGGCUGGUGGGGCCGUGGGGGGCUGCGGGUGGCGGGGGGGUGGUCUCCAGCCCAGUGCUGCUGCUCAUCCCCAACGCUGCUGGGAAGGUGACGGGGGGGCUGCUGCAGCUGGGGCUGCGGGCGCUGGAGCGGGGCUUCAUCCCCGUCAUCUUCAACCGCCGGGGCCACAACGGCUGCCCCCUCACCACCCCCCGGCUCCAGCCCUUCGGGGAUCCCGGGGACUUGCGGGAGGCUGUGACCUACCUGCGGUGCCGGCACCCCGCUGCCUCUCUGCUGGCCGUCAGCGAGGGCUCGGGCUCGGGGCUGCUGCUCUCCUACCUGGGUGAGAGCGGCUCCUCCAGCCGCCUGGCUGCUGCCGCCUGCCUCUCCCCCAUCUUCCGUGGCCGGGACUGGUUUGAGGCCAGGAUGCCCUGGCUUUACGAGUGGCCGCUGCUCCUCCAUCUCAAGCAGGGAUUGAGCAGGUACGCGGGGGCCCUGGCCGAGGUGGUGGACAUGGACAGGCUCCUGGGCAGCCGCUCGCUGCGGGAGCUGGAGGAAACCCUCUUCUGCCGGACUCGGAGCCGCCCCACCAGCUGGGAGAGCUACUGGGAGCGCAACGAGCCCCUGCGCGACGCGGACGAGGCGGCGGUGCCGGUGCUGUGCCUCUGCAGCGCCGAUGACCCCGUGCGCGGCCCCCCGGCCCGGAGCCUGCCCAGGGAGCUCUUCCGCAGCAGCCCCUACUUCUUCCUGCUGCUGACCCCGCACGGGGGGCACUGCGGCUUCCCCCGGCGGGGGCCGGGGCGCUGCUGGGCCCACGAGGCCGUGCUGGAAUAUUUCAGGGCCAUGGCCGAGUUCCUGCGGACGGAGGAGAGGAGGAAGGGGCUGCCGCGGCCCCGCAGGUGGGGGGGUCCCCCAGUCGAGCCCCCCGUGUUCACCUGGCAGAGAUCCUACACGCGGUAGCC